UUCCGGGUUCCCGGCACCGGGAUGAAAGGAGGGAACGCAGGUGAGAAAGCAAUACCAGCAGGUGGGGAAACCGUGAGGUGAACGUAGCCCUAGAUUGGUGUGGCAGAAGCUGGAAAGGACUGAAAAGGCUGAAGAACCAAACGGUUGGAUUCACAGACUAUGACUGUGAGUUCCCCAAAUUACUCAGGGUGGUGUUGCUUUGCAGACAGCUGGCAGAGAGAGAAGUUGACUACUAUGGAAUCACCAGAGGAGCCUGGAGCAUCCAUGGAUGAGAACUACUUUGUGAACUACACUUUCAAAGAUCGGUCCCACUCAGGCCGAGUAGCUCAGGGCAUCAUGAAACUGUGUCUAGAGGAGGAGCUCUUUGCUGAUGUAACCAUAUCAGUGGAAGGCCGGGAGUUUCAGCUUCACCGGCUGGUGCUCUCAGCUCAGAGCUGCUUCUUCCGGUCCAUGUUCACUUCAAACCUGAAGGAGGCCCACAACAGGGUGAUUGUGCUUCAGGAUGUCAGUGAGUCUGUUUUCCAGCUCCUGGUUGAUUAUAUCUACCAUGGGACUGUGAAACUUCGAGCUGAUGAGCUGCAGGAAAUUUAUGAAGUGUCAGACAUGUAUCAGCUGACAUCUCUCUUUGAGGAAUGUUCUCGGUUUUUGGCUCGCACAGUACAAGUGGGAAACUGCCUUCAGGUGAUGUGGCUGGCAGACAGACACAGUGAUCCUGAGCUUUACACUGCUGCCAAGCACUGUGCCAAGACCCAUCUGGCCCAGCUGCAGAGCACAGAGGAAUUUCUCCACUUGCCCCACCACCUGCUCACCGACAUCAUCUCUGAUGGAGUUCCAUGUUCCCAAAACCCCACAGAAGCAAUAGAAGCUUGGAUCAAUUUUAAUAAAGAAGAAAGAGAGGCUUUUGCAGAGUCACUCAGGACUAACCUGAAGGAAAUUGGAGAGAAUGUGCACAUUUACCUUAUUGGGAAAGAGUCAUCUCGUACCCACUCAUUGGCUGUGUCCUUGCACUGUGCAGAAGAUGACUCCAUCAGUGUAAGUGGCCAAAACAGCUUGUGCCACCAGAUCACUGCCGCCUGCAAGCAUGGUGGAGACUUGUAUGUGGUGGGAGGGUCCAUUCCACGGCGCAUGUGGAAGUGCAAUAAUGCCACCGUUGACUGGGAGUGGUGUGCACCUUUGCCCCGGGAUAGGCUGCAGCACACCUUGGUGUCUGUGCCUGGGAAAGAUGCCAUAUAUUCACUGGGUGGCAAGACACUGCAGGAUACCCUCUCCAAUGCAGUCAUCUAUUAUCGGGUAGGUGAUAAUGUGUGGACAGAGACAACCCAGCUAGAGGUGGCUGUAUCAGGGGCCGCUGGUGCCAACCUCAAUGGAAUCAUCUACCUACUGGGGGGUGAGGAGAAUGACCUGGACUUCUUUACUAAACCUUCCCGACUUAUCCAGUGUUUUGACACAGAGACAGAUAAGUGCCAUGUGAAGCCCUAUGUGCUGCCCUUUGCAGGCCGCAUGCACGCAGCUGUACAUAAGGAUCUCGUAUUCAUUGUAGCUGAAGGGGACUCCCUGGUGUGCUAUAAUCCCCUGUUAGACAGCUUCACCAGGCUUUGCCUUCCCGAGGCCUGGAGCUCUGCCCCAUCCCUCUGGAAGAUCGCCAGCUGUAACGGGAGCAUCUAUGUCUUCCGGGACCGGUAUAAGAAGGGGGAUGCUAACACCUACAAGCUCGACCCUGCCACUUCAGCUGUGACUGUUACAAGAGGCAUUAAGGUGCUGCUUACCAAUUUGCAGUUCGUUUUGGCCUAAGCCAUUGAUAGAGAGAGCAGCUGAUUCCUUUGGCCUUCCCUUUUUCAGCACCUCCCCAAACCAAAUUCAAAGUCACCUGAGCCCCACUUCAGAGUAAUGUGUUAGUUUGGGCACAUAUUAAAAAGGCAGCACCUCAGCCCUUCCCUGAGCUCGUGUUCUCUUCAGGGCUUUUUAGACUGCUGCUGCUCAUCUGGCUGCUGGAGAGGUGGUCACCUUGUUCUUUGUCAGUCCUGCAAUCCUGUGAUCCUGUGCCUCACCACAAAUUGCUUUGAGCUAGCCUAUUCUCAGAUCUUAGGCACAGCCUUCCCUCUUUACCUGAUCAAUGUUAAAUAGAAGCUUCCCAGUCCCAGGGCAGAAGGAGAGAUGCCCAUUCUUGUUUUCUGUAGCCAGCAAAGUGGCCAGUUCAUUAUUUUUCCACAAAGAAUUAGGUAUUAGAGUUUUCCUUCAGACUUUGGUUGGGAGAAUGGACUAAGCAGAAGGUGUACUUCACCAGCAAGGGUCAACUCUAGAAUUCACAAUGUUCUUUUGUUUUCUUAUCUGUCAGGAAAAGUAACUUUGGUUUUAUUUUUGGCUUGCUUCAACAGAUAAGCCAGAAAGUACAAUGGAUUAUUUCUGAUUAAUAGCAGAAAUUCAAAUACAAGAUCUCUGGUCUUUUAAAAGCUCUAAGCUAAAUCAAGAGCUAGGCACUGUUCAUACAAAUAAAAGUUUUUAAAGGGAAA